UCCAUCAUUGAAUUACAUGGCCUGUGGUAUAGCAGCUGGGAGGCUCUGGGCUACGGUCCCCAUGGCUCCUGCAUGCUCGUCCGCUCCCCUCCCUCUGUGCCUGUGUCUGCUGCUGGCAUCCGGCUUUGCCCAGGCAGGCAGGCUGCUGGUGGUGCCCAUGGAUGGGAGCCACUGGUUCACUAUGCGCUUGGUUUUGGAGAAGCUCAUCCAGAGAGGACACGAGGUGGUCGUCGUCAUGCCAGAGGCUAGCUGGCAUCUGGGACAGUCACUGAAUUACACAGUGAAGAGUUAUCCAGCUUCUUUCUCUCUGGAGGAGUUGAAUCGUUUGUUUCAGUCCUUUGCUGACACUCAGUGGAAAACUCCACCGCAAAGUAUGUACUCUUUUUCAACAGGUUCAUCCAAACUUUUGUUUGACGUCAUCUUUACACGCUGUAGAAACUUAUUUAAUAUAAAGGGAAUAGUUGAGUAUUUGAAAACAACUUUGUUUGACGCAGUGUUAAUGGAUCCUUUUGAUUUAUGUGGUUUAAUCACUGCCAAAUAUUUAUCACUGCCAUCGGUGGCCUUCACCAAGGUAGUACUUUGCCAUCUUCUUGAAGAAGGUACGCAGUGCCCCUUUCCUCUAUCUUAUGUUCCCAGAUUAUUCUCAGGGCUCUCAGAUACCAUGACCUUCCAGGAGAGAGUGCAGAAUCUUUUUACCCACCUCGAGGAACGUUUAUUUUGCAGUUAUUUCUAUAAAAGUGCCUUAGAAAUUGCUGCUGAAAUUCUCCAAACAACAGUGAGCAUGUAUGAUCUCUACAGCCAACCAUCAAUCUGGUUGUUGCGCACGGACUUUGUUUUGGACUUUCCCCGGCCCGUGAUGCCCAACGUGGUCUUUGUUGGUGGAAUCAACUGCCAUGAAGGGAAGCCCCUGUUGGAGGUAUGUCCUCUCUCCCUUGGCACAUUCAGGGCAUCGGACAUUGCACAGUAA